AUGAACUUCGGCGUCCUUGAAAUCGCGCCCUCAAAAUACGUUCCAGCUCCAGGCUACGCAUAUGUACCCGAUGUAUCCAAUACGCCGCAAGUAGGAUUACAGCCUUCAGCGCGACGCGCGCGCGGCCCAGCUGGUGCGGGACUGGGCGCGGAAACGACGAAGAAACAGGAUGCGAAGAUUCUGAGAGAGUUGGCGCAGCUGGAUAGGGAGAAUCAUAGGGAUGUUAAUAUACCGGUUACGGGAGGCGGGAGGGGAAAGGAAGGGGGGAGAGGAAACCAAUCCAAACUCACCCCCUCCGUCCGCAAAAUCCUCGCCUCUCAAAAAACAUUCGCAAACCAUCUCUCCGAUUUCGAAGCCCUCUCUUCUCUUCCCACUUCCACUUCCACUGCCACUGUCCAACCCGCCACUCCUACAAUCUCCACCCCCAAAGUCCCUCCCGCCCCCGGCUUCACCAGCACCGGAAAGCGCAGCCAUAAAAGAAAAGAACCGCUCCCCCCCGGUAUCGAACUCCCCAAACGCAGCCACAAGAAAAAAGAUCCCAAUGCGCCUGCGAUUUCGACACCCUUACGAACCAUCAGUACGCCGAUUGUCAAAUCCGAGCCUGCAGCUAUGAUCUCCACGCCCGCGAUAUCUACCCCGGCAGAAUCCACAUUUGCGCCGUUUUUGUGCUCGCUGCCGCCCCCGAAACCGCAUCCGAGAGAUAAUGAUCCGUUGCUUGUUUCGCGCGUGCCGAAUUUGCCGAGUGUGGAGGAGAUGCAGAGAUUGUUGGAGAUGCCGCCGUUGAGUUAUAUUGAGGCGAGAGGAGGAUGGACGGAUGAGGAUAGGAGGAAACCCGGGAGAGUGUUCUGUGAGGUGUGUGGGUAUUGGGGGAGAGUGAAGUGUAUGAGGUGUGGAGGGAGGGUGUGUGCGUUGGAAUGUUUGGGGACGCAUAAGGAAGAGUGUUUUAAUAGGUAUGGUGCUUAG